AUGGUUACUACCAAAAUGGUUGAACAAGCUGGUGAAGCCCCUAUCAAGACAGUGGGAAAAGAUGAUGAAAACUCUAACGAUGAAAAAAUUCUUAAACAACAACAAUCAGAUACUACUUCAACAUCUGCAACUGAUAGAAAACAUCGAUAUUUUAUUGGAAAAAAUUAUUCAAAUUGUGAAACAUAUCUGAAAAAUGAUUUUUAUCCAUUUCUGUUACCUAAAUCUUAUGAUGAUGUUGAAAACUUAGCUGUUGAAAAUUGGAGGGAUUUUCUUAACAGUGAGCCAUUUCGUUGUGUUCGCUUGGUUGGACUAUGGUCAGCAGGAACGAAAUCAGAGAAAUCAUCGAUUCAGAAUGCUUAUAUACAAAUGAUUGAUAUUGCUAAACAUUUUAUAUACAUUGAAAAUCAGUUAUUUAUUACUAUUGCUCAGUAUUCAGUAGUUCAAAACCAGUUAGCUGAUGUUCUUUUUCGACGUAUAGAACGAACGCAUAAAAAUGCUGAAAAAUUUCGUAUUUAUAUUGUUCUUCCUCUUUUAUCUGAUUUUGAUAAAACGAAUACUGUACAAGCUGUACUCUAUUUUAUUAUGAUAAAUCAUUAUGAUAACCUAAAUAAUAUAUGUUCAUUCAACAUUAAUGAUCGUAUGGCUAUAUGUGGUAGUGCAAAUAUAAAUGAUCGUUCAUUACUUGGUAAUCAUGAUAAUGAAUUUUGUAUUGUAAUAAAUGAUCUGGAAGAAGAAAAUGGUCGGUUUAAUGAAGAGCCAGUUCUUGUAGGAAAAUUUUGUUCUAGCUGGCGUAGAAAGAUCUUUGAGUACGUUUCAUAUCUAAAAUUACCAUGA